UUGCAAUCGAACCCUGGAAAUACACCCGCAUAAAGUUUGUCCCCUUCCUUCGAAUUCACUCUUCAAAGUUCACCUUCACUUCAAAUCCACUCUUCGGGCAAUUCGACGCCGCGCAAUUCGCAUACUCCCUACCCUGCCGUUUCUGCGACAAGCUCGUAUCCAAUCAAUCCCCGUCAGCUCCCGUCAGCCAUGGUCUCGACAAGCAGACCUCGAACACCCAGCGCGGGUACACUUUCGCCAACAGACAAGCUGGCGGUAAUCCCUGAGUCUGGGAAAAACCAAGCUCGUCGUUCAAGUCUCGGUAUUCUACUCCGUCGCACGAAAUCCGGCGAUCUGGGCAAGGGAAACAAGAAGUCGCAAGCCAUGGCGAGAGAGCAAGAGCUCGAGCGACAGCGACGCUCAGCUGCUAUUCCAAGAUCGCCUCCAAAACUCCCCGACCUAUACAACGGCCUUGCGCCUCCAAAACUGCCAUACUCCGAAGAUCGACCUGACUCUGUCGCCAUCAUAUCUGGCCGAGUGGGCGCAAACCAUGGCUCUACAGAGACAGGUCGCGCGUCUUCAGCCAUGAGCAGUGUGCAAGCUCCUCCCAUCCCAUCAAGUGGUGGCCGCAAUGGGGACUGGGUCGACCCUUAUGCUCGAACCGAAAGCAUGACCCACCGUGGGCGUUAUAGCUAUGCGAGUAGCGCAGUGAGCACCAUCAACAGCCCUCGCAGAGUCCGCCGACGGAAGGACCCGACGCCAUUUAAUAUUCUCAUCAUCGGCGCCCGUUCUUCUGGCAAAACCUCCUUUCUCAACUUCCUCAAGACCUCUCUAGCCCUCCCCCAGAAGAAGAGGGGUCCCCAACCAACCGACCUCGUCGAUGACAUCUUUGCGCCACAAGCUUCGAAGUCCGGCAACUUCGAAUCGCAUUACCUCGAGACCGAGAUCGAUGGAGAGCGAAUUGGUCUGACCCUAUGGGAUUCGGAGGGUUUGGAGAAGAAUGUAGUCGAUCUCCAGCUUCGCGAGAUGUCCUCGUUCCUCGAAAGCAAAUUCGAAGAGACAUUCACAGAGGAGAUGAAGGUUGUUCGAGCCCCAGGUGUUCAAGAUACCCAUAUCCAUUGCGCCUUCCUGAUCCUCGACCCUGUACGUCUCGAUCGCAACAUUGCGGCAGGCAAGGCCGCGGCAGCAAAUGGCAACGCAUCGAGUGGGAAAUAUAACCCCGCGCCUCGUGUGAUCGGCGGUCUGGAUGAGGAUCUUGAUCUGCAGGUCCUCCGCACGCUGCAAGGAAAGACAACCGUCGUCCCUGUCAUUUCAAAGGCUGACACCAUUACCACCGCGCAUAUGGCGUAUCUUAAGAAGACGGUAUCGGACAGUCUGCGUAAAGCCAACCUUGAUCCACUAGAGGCAUUCGGAUUUGAAGAGUCCGAAGUCGACAGUCUGCCAAAUUCUAGCCGCAUCGAUGAGGAGGAUGAGGGAGAUGAGGACGAGAGCGAGGGCAAGGGCAAGAACAAGGACAGUGCUGACGGCCAUAACUCAGCCGGCGACCUGCCAAUUCAAGGAACCCCGGACCUCAACUCUUCCCCUAAGUCUUCUCGGCUGUCUUCAGGGUCAAUCCGCCGUCACUCUCGUUCGAAUUCCAGUGAGAAUGAUGCAUCAACGGAUAUCCCAUAUCUACCCCUGUCCAUUAUCAGCCCCGACAUCUACGAACCCGGAGUCAUUGGAAGAAAAUUUCCCUGGGGCUUCGCGGAUCCGAUGAACCAGGAGCACUGCGAUUUCGUGAAGCUCAAGGAGGCUGUAUUCAGCGAAUGGAGAGGUGAGCUCAGAGAAGCAAGCAGGGAGCUCUGGUAUGAAGGAUGGAGAACGAGCCGGCUCAAGCAUCGGGAGGCGAAGCCAGGUCGAGACGUAAAGUCGGGGCGUGAGGUGAAACCAGGUCCUCGACGAUGAUCUGUCCUCGCGCCACCGUCCGCAAGCCGGGAGUUCCUG